GGGCGGAUCCUGGUUUUUGUAGUGGAAGACGGGAAACUACAGUUGAUUGCUGAAAAGGAAACGAAGGGAGCUGUUUACUCUCUCAAUGCUUUCAAUGGAAAAAUGCUGGCUGCUAUCAAUCAGAAGAUUCAGUUAUACAAAUGGAUGCUCCGGGAUGAUGGAUCUCGUGAGCUGCAAUCUGAAUGUGGACAUCAUGGGCACAUACUUGCCUUGUAUGUUCAAACUCGUGGCGAUUUCAUCAUAGUUGGUGAUCUGAUGAAGUCUAUAUCCUUAUUGUUGUAUAAGCAUGAGAGGGGUGCAAUCGAGGAGCUAGCCCGCGACUACAAUGCAAACUGGAUGACUGCUGUUGAGAUUCUCGACGAUGACAUCUACCUUGGUGCUGAGAACAAUUUCAACCUCUUUACAGUCCGCAAGAAUAGUGAUGCAGCAACAGAGGAGCGGGGCCGGCUUGAGGUAGUUGAGUACCACCUUGGUGAGUUUGUCAACCGGUUCCGGCAUGGCUCGCUUGUCAUGCGCCUUCCAGACUCAGAGGCUGGCCACAUACCGACAGUCAUCUUCGGUACUGUCAAUGGGGUGAUUGGUGUUGUUGCUUCUCUCCCUCAUGACCAAUAUGUGUUCCUAGAGAAACUUCAGUCCAACCUCGUGAAGGUUCUAAAGGGUGUAGGUGGGUUUAGCCAUGAGCAGUGGCGUUCAUUCAACAACGAGAAGAAGACAGUAGAUGCUAGGAAUUUCUUGGAUGGAGACUUGAUCGAGUCGUUUCUUGAUCUUAGCCGCAGUCGAAUGGAUGAGAUCUCGAAGGCAAUGGGGGUUUCAGUUGAGGAGCUGUGCAAGAGAGUUGAGGAGCUGACAAGAUUGCAUUAAAAAUGUAAAUCCCCCUCCUUGUCUCUCUCUGUGUGUUUUUAGGUGAAGCCUUUUUCUUGGUUGUAGCCCCAGGACAAUUUGCUGUUUUUUAGUUUACCAAGGAUGAAAAUCCAGUGCUGCUUAUUGUAUUUUAUUUAGUUUAAAUCGUGUACGAGUAUUUUGUAAUGCAUGCUAUGGUUGCAUUUGGAAGCGACAGUUAUAUUUGAGUUUGUUUCUAUUA